AUGCUAGUACACUGCUGGGGUGUGGGGUGGAUGAGGGAGGGAGGUACUAUAUGUGCCAGAAUACCUACGGGGAUGCGGUGGGGCCACUUUGGAAUCCACCGGAUGGAAAUACGGUUCAGCUCGGACCCAUGGAUAGAAGCAUACAACAAUGACCUCAAGACCUACCCACGGAAGAUCACCGACAAGAGAACCAAUAAACCUCUGGCGUGGAAACAUGUGCUCCUUCCACAAUGGGGACGACGACGGGCUGUGGUCGCCGGAAAACAAAGUUGGGAGAAAAACGGCGUGGCUGAGCUGAACGGCCGCGGCUCGGUCGGGGAUGGACGGAGGCGACGGAGGGUCACCGGUGCUGGGACGGUGGCGGCUCGCCGGAGUUGGGAACGGGCUCGUGUACGGCAGCGUGAUGGAGGGGCUGAGCUAUGGUGGCGUGGCGAACUCGCCGGUGUGAAGGGUGGUCGCCGGCAGGAGGGUUGUCGCCGGGGUUCGGAGUGA